AACUAACUGUCAAAACAAGCCGUGAAUGAUGCCAACAAAAAUUUACCGCUAACGGCGUCACUCGUAAAUAGUUUUCUAAAAAAUAGUGAAAAAGUGCCCGAAAAGUUGAUUCAAAAAGUGGUUUAAGCACACGGAAGCAGAAUGGCACCGCGUAAGCGUAAAAUAAAAGUGGUGGUCCCGUCCAGUUCGCCGGAAAAGGCCAAGUUCAGCGUCGUCGUCAUACAGACCAUUCUGAACGCGCAGGAGAACGAAACGAGCCACGCAAAGCUGAUGAAAGAGCUGAAGAACAUCUAUCCGACGGUGACUCAUGAGUCGUUCAUGAAGUCUUUCAUCCAAUCGCUGAAAGGUGCCAUGCAGCAUGACGAAACCAACGAGUACGCGAACAAUCGGCUCAAGUUGUGUGCCAAGUUCAUUGCGGAUCCUGAUCAUACCGAACAGGAGAUCACCCAUCCGAUCAUUAUCACUGCCUUCGAUUGGCUGCUGAAUACGAUCAGUCCGGCAGCAAUCGUCAGGUUUCGUAUUUGUCAGUUCGUUAACCUGGUGUUGAACGCAAUGGGACCGGAAGCCUCACUGGACGACGACAUCUGCGACAAGAUCCUACGCUACAUGUUGGAACGAAUGCGUGAUGUUGCACCGAAUGUACGUGUCCAGGCUGUGCUGGCCCUGCAGCGGCUGCAGAAUCCGGACGACACGGAAGAUUGCGUCUUCAGGACGUACAUCUACCACUUGGAUACGGAUCCUUCGCCGAAGGUUCGCCAAACGAUCAUAUCGUCGCUAGGGCGAAACUACCGUACCAUUCCGUACAUCAUCGAGCGCCUAUGGGAUGUUGAGGAACGUGUCCGCCGGCAUACAUAUCUACAGAUGAGCAGUUAUCCGGUCAAGCAGUACAAGGUUGCCCAGCGGUUGACCUUUUUGGAGCAAGGACUGAACGAUCACUCGGAGGCGGUCAGGAAGGUGGUGAAGAACGUGAUGAUUCCCCAGUGGUUCGAAUCGUACCAGAAAGAUUACGUGGCCUUUGUGAAAGCGUUGAAGAUCGAUGCCGAUGAGAAGGAGCUGGUGCGGUUCCGUAAUACCGGAAAACUGGCGCUGUUUGAGAUUUUUUCGAAAUACGGAAUUGCAGACGCUAUGACCAUGCUGGGUAUGCGAGAAGAUGACAAGACGGUUCCGUUGGAAAAUUUAACCAUCGAGACUGCAGUUUGCUGGCAGGCGCUGUUGGAAUUUCUGCAGAAGACCGAAUCGGACGAAUUGGAUAGUUUGAUGGUGGACCUGUCCACGUUCUGUAGCUACAUUAAAGUGUUUGCGGAAACCCCGACUGCUUGCAACUAUAUCCGUCUGCUAGCUGAAGAUCCUUCGAUGAUAACCGACAAACUGCAAAAAAUGUACUUCCAGUCGAUGCUGCAAAUCCUGCUGGAGAUCGUCGAUUCUUACGACUUCGGUGACGAAUUCGGUAGGGAGACAUUGAAGAAGAUCCUUUCGGAUGUGCUCUGUUGUUGCGACCUGGACGAGGACAACGUAAAGAUUAUUCUAUCGAUCUUCGAGCGCCUGAUCGGGGAUGUUGAAACUAGGUUCAAGUUCUUCGUUGAUUUGAUCAACAGCGUUCUUGAGCCGUCCCGAACUGAUGUUUCCAAUUCGUCUCGUUCUUUGGUGGAGGAGUAUCUGGAGAAGAACCCGGACAAGAGCCUCCAGAUGCAGAUCACUCGGCUGAGACUUACGAUCAUGGACCUAAAGGAACAGGAAAUGGACAAGGUCAACCGAAAAGACUACGCCGGAGCACAGAAGGUUGCCGAAGAACUGAACGUUGCAAACGAAGAGUAUGCUGCAUUGUUGAAGCCAAUUCUGAUGGAGGUCUCGUCAACCAGUGAAGGAAGCUCGCUGUUUAGAGAAUCCAUGCUAAAACCGAAAAAGAUCACCAAUGCAACCAUCAACAAGUGCUUGCAGAUAUCGUUCUAUCUAGUGAACAGUUCAACGGUGCUAUCUUUGACACCGAUCGUGUGUGAAUUGUACAAGACCUUCAUCAGUCGUUAUGUGGAAUCGGCUGAGAUUGCUACCAGAGAUUGGGCUUUACGUUGCUCCGUUGCGUUCAGCAUGUUGUACGAUGGGCUGUCGAAAGAAACUUUCCAGCUACUGUAUCAUCAGUUCUUCCGGAACCAUUGUACGAGAAUUUGGCAAACUUCGAUCGAAGGUAUCUUCGAGCUCAUGGAUCACUACGGAUUUGAGCAUUUUGACGUCGAAUCGAAGAAAGAUGAGUCCAGAAAGAACACACGCCAGCUGUUCAACACGAUGGACUAUUUAGACCAGGACGAUGAUGCAAACACGUCCAGCACCGGAACGGGUGUGGAUCUGAUGCGAAUGAUGACCCACUUUUUCGAAACCUGCGAAGACAAUGUAAUUUGUUCGGCCAUCGUUGACGGUUUUUGUCGGUUGAUACUCCACGGUCACUGCACCUCGCAGGAUAUCAUGUCCAAGUUGCUGCUGAAAUAUUUCAACCCCACCACCGAACCGAAGACGCAGCAAAUCUUGGGCAUUUUCUUCGAGUGUUUGAUCAAGAAAAAGCGCCAGGAAAUCCUACAGAAGGCUUUGCUCCACACACUGUUCACGAUUCUGGAGGCGCCCAACGACAGCCCUCUUCAGGAGGUGAAACCGGAACACGUGGUGAAAUUUGUCAUCGAUUCGACCAAGCCGGUGUUUUGCAGCCCGGGCUUGAAUCCGCACAACACGAUUGCGAUAUCGUUUCUGCAGGUCAUGCUGGAUAACCUCAACUACAAAGAUCUGUUGAAAUUGCUCAGCAAAGAGCUACUGACUCUGGAAAUCUCAGACGAUGCGGUGCUCAAGAAUGACAUCACCCAUUGCAUCGAUCAGAUUCUGCAAGAACAAACUCUCGAUUCCAAGAUAGUAAAGAAUCUCAAUGACUUCAAGGAGAUGCUCCAGGGUACGUACCGGGAAUCUCUCACCUUCUCCUCGUCUCGUGCGCCGCCAGCAGCCGCACCCGAAGGGCACGAUCCCGAUCAUCUUUCUGACCCCGAUGAGCCCCCAGAAGUGGCUUUAGACGAAGAAGAACCUCCCAAAGAUCCAAAGGAAGUGCCUCAAAUCAACAAAUCAUCUCUUCAGAAGGACGACAGUGUGCUCACUCAGUCAUCUCCCGCCAAACCCGCUGCAGCUUCUGCUCCAGCUUCGCCCGCCGUUCCGCAAACGCCAACCACUUUCGGGGCUGACAACACCUCAGGAAUGAAAUCUCUGCGCAAGUCGAUGAAUGUUUCCGACAGAAGUGCAGCCAGAAACGUGUUCAAGGUCCCGGAUGCCAAUGCUACUAAAAAGCUACGUCAACAGCAGAAGGUUGCUGGUAAAAAGAAACCCGAUAAGCAACCCGAAAAGGACGAAAGCGAUGAAUCUCCUAAUUCACCGGAGAGCGAAGAAGCUGAUCCGGCAGCAGAAGAAUCAUUCGCCAUUCCUUCAACGCAGGACAUUUCCGGCGUUUCGUCCAUCGAUGGGGAUAGAUCCAUUCUGCAUCUGGAGAUCCCGGAGACGCAACGCCCUAUUGACGGGCAGAGUACGCCUAUACAACGAACACCGACCAAGCGGAAGAUCUCCCACGGUAGUACCGAAGAAGAGGAGGAAGAGAUAGUCGAUUCAUCUCCUAAUGUUGUGUCGAGUCGUCGAGAUCGAUCAAUGGUACGCCCAGCAGCUUCCGCCAAAUCGAUUGCCAAAUCGCAGAGCACUAGCAAGAUUGAACAACCACGUACACGCAAUACUGCUCGAAAGGAAAUCAUCAAUACCAAGGUGAUGACUCGCAAAUCUCUCACGGACAUAACCGGCGGCGCUAAAGCUUCCAAACGAGGCAGUCUUACCGGUAUUGAACCUUUGGAAAGAAGCCCCCCAGUAAGAAGGAAAGACCGCAGCUCUGGCGAGAGCAACAAAAGUUUGGAGAAAUCCACGAAAAAGGAUGAUAAACCAACGGCGGCUGUCGCAAAAACUUCUAAGCGACUAGCAGCUACUCAGGAGAAAGCUGACUCGGCGAAAAAAGCAGAAUCCACUAAGGAAAAGAAAACAGCUGAAAAGACAAAAUCGAUCAGUAAAAGUGUUUCGAGUGCAGCCAAGAAAGCUGAAGAAACUAAAACUGAUUCACCCGCCAUAAGAACGAGCAGAAGAAAUUUGAACAAGGACGAUGCCACUAGCACUUCCUCAACGAAAAAGAGUAUUGAAAAGCAAAUCACUGAGAAGAAGACUCCUGCAAAUAGCAAAAAAUCUGCUCAAGAUAAACCAAGCCCUGCAGCGGCCUCUGCGCCCUCACGAACCACUCGGAAAUCCUUGGAAAAACCAAACACCCCUUCCAGUGACAAGACGGAGAAAGGACCUACUCGCUCGGCGUCCAAGUCUGUUCCAUCCACUGCUACAGGAAAACCCGCCACCAGAGUAUCACUGACCCGCCAGAACGCCGUACAGGAAUCCACGUCCACCCCCACCAGCAAAUCACAAAGUAGCAGUACAAAAAACCCAGUGAAACGCACCAUAUCCACCAGGGGAUCGAGGGGAAGCAUCACCAGUUCCCCACCGGCAACCCUUUCGGCUUCCUCCAUCGCUAGUUCCGAUUCCUCGACGGUAACGAGCCCUGUGCGACCGAAAAGGGUGGCCGUGACGCCAUUGAGUGGAGAAAGUGCCAUUGCCACCAGAAGCACAUCCACCCCAACGCGGCCAGCACGGAAAGCGGCCAAGAAGUAGAGAGGUACAAAACGUGUCAAUCUGGAUUAGGUUAAUUUGCAUAUGUUUUCAAUCGAUGCUGAAUGAUCGAGUAAUAAAAUAAUAUAAUAAUAAGUUUAA